AUGAGUAAUUUUUCUGAAAAGGAAAUUAUUUCACUCCCCCAGAGAAAUAGGAGAAAAAUCGACAAAAGUUAUUUAAGCGAAAGCGAAGUAGAGAAAGAAUAUGCAGAACAAAAUAUAUCUGAUAAUGAAGAAAAAUUAAAUGAAAACGAUUUCAAAAAAACAUAUAAAUAUGAAUAUCUUGAUCAUACAGCAGAUGUUAUUUUACAUAGUUACGGUAAUAACUUAACAGAAUGUUUUGAAUCAGUAUGCAUUUCAAUGUUUAAUUAUAUGUGUAAUUUAAACGAUGUAAAAUCAAAAAUAAGAAGAAAAAUAAUUGUAAAAGGAGAUAAUUUAGAUGAUCUUCUCUUUAAUUUCUUAACAGAGUUUCAUUUCUUAUAUGGAAAAGAGUACUUUAUAUGUAAAAAUAUUGAUAUUAUCAAAUUUGAUAAACAAAAUUUCUUAAUUGAAGCUAUUGGAUAUGGUGAUUUUUUUAAUUCUUCUAAGCAUGAAUGUGGUACAGAAAUUAAAGCUAUAACUAAACAUGAAUUAAAAAUAAUUUCAAAUAAUGAAAAUUACGAAAUUUUUGUCUUAGUUGAUAUUUAA